UUGCCGAACGAAACCGCCUCUAUCACCGCAUGAUUUUGUGAGAACAACAGCAUUAGUAUUAGCAGCUUAUCAGUAUUAGCGCCUGCUGCUCCGUUUGCCCCCCCGGGGUGGGUGUGCAUUGUCGACGCUGCUACUGUCUCUUUAAAUUUACCCAGGAGCCCCUUAAGGAGCCCCAGGGGCCCCUAGUCCGGCUCCCCACCCUGAAGACAAGCAGGAGCCUUAAAAUACAUUACUGGAGGCCUGCGCUGAGGCGAGCACACAGAGCCGGACGGAGCAGCGGGUCUAUUCGCAGCGGAAUACAUGACUGUGAGAUUCUAGGAAAAGUUAAGUUGGCUCCGCACAGCUCGGGCUCCUCAGCGAUGGGCUCGUUAUAGCGCGCCGGCCAGAUGCGUGACGAGCGGCGCCGUGCGUUGUGAACAUGUUACUGUUGUAACAUGUUGUUGUUUUUAGUGUGACAUGUCCCGCUUCAGCGCUACGGUACAGUGAAGGAAGGAGGAACACUAGCCACUAUUAACACAGCAGCCGGGCCAGUGAUGGAAGAGAAAGAAACGGGGGAAAGCGAGCCUGUGGACCUCCGGUGUGCCGAGCAGGCUGAGCUGCUCUCAUUAAUAAUAAGCGGAGAGGAGGAAGCGACGCGAGGGGAGAGUGACUUGGGAGAAGAGGAUGGUCUCGCCAAUGGUCAUGGUGAGGAAGAAUCAGAGGCUGGCAUGGUCACGCCUGUCAGAUCUCCAGGCACCAGCUACUGGAGCAUCACAGAGGGCCCCGACCACCCACUUCUCCUCUCCCCGGCCCCUGGGCCUUCUGGACGCAAACCCAGGGUCCAGCGGGCCUCACGUCCGGGCCUCAGCCGGAUUCCAGGCCGGGACCACCGCCGCUACUACCACGAGUACUGGCGCAGCGAGUACCUGAUGGACUUUGACCCCCAGCGGCAUGGGAUGAUCUGCAUGGUGUGCGGCAGCUCGCUGGCCACCUUGAAGCUCAGCACUAUCAAGAGACACAUCAGACAGAAGCACCCAGACUCCCUGCUGUGGAGCGCUGCCGACAAGGAGGUGAUCCGCUCGGGCUGGGAGAGCCACCUGAGCCUGGGGGGAGGUCAGAGGUCGUACAGUUCUGCUGCUGGACCUUCACCUCAGGGAGAAGAGGAGUCGUUGGACUCAGGCCAACAUGCUGCUGCAGAACCCCCGGACCCCAUUACACCCCAAGAGCAGCCACAGCAACCCCCCAGCCUGUCUCCUCACUCUGAGGCAGGUGAAGCCCCUCAGCCCCAGGAGGGGGAGGAGGAGCAGGACAUCCCCGGGCCAUCAGCCCGCACCCUGGAACGCUACCUGAACGACUCGCUGCACGCCUGGUUCCGCCAGGAGUUCCUGAUGGAGUACGAGGCAGAGGCUGGCCGGCUGCUGUGCAUGGUAUGUGGAGGCGAGCUGCCCUCACUUCACCUGGACCACAUCAAGAGCCACGUGCUGGACACCCACCCCAACUCCUUAGUCUACAGCUCAGAGGAGAAGCACUGCAUCCUGCAGGCCUGGGCUCAGACUCAUGAGGAGUCCGAAAACUCAAUCAAAUCAGAGCCCAACACCAAAGAAGGCGAGGUGGACCUCUUUGCUCAGGAUGUGGAGGCCAUCCAGAUCAACGCUGACUUGUACCCAGACGGCGAUGGCACAUUAACUCAGGACACUUGUCUUAUCGGUGAGGACGGAGGCGUUGGAGCUCCACAGCAGGGACCCCAGCCCCUCCGCCAGCCCAGGAAGAGGCGGCUGCGCGGGGGCAACCCGUGGCGGCUUCGCCUCGACUACCUGGUGGCUUACGGGCCUCAGGGCCGCGGCACCUUCUGCAUGGUGUGUUCUCAGGUCCUGCACGAAACCAAGGUCAGCAGCUUCCGCCACCAUAUCCAGGAAUGUCACCCCGAGACCACAACCCUGAGCAGACAAGAAAGGGAGGCCAUGGCUGCAGCCUGGACCAAAGAUUAUUCUAGUGAAGGCAUGCAAAUACAAGACGAAAUCAGCCCGAGUGAAGCUGAUGUCCUGAAUACCACAGGAGAGCUGAAUGAGGACAGCUCCCCUGAUGUCAGAACACCCAGCAAAAUGGUGAAGAAGGAGGAGGGUGUGAGCGGAGGGAAGGGCAAAGCGAGGGACAGCAGCGCCACAGCCACACCCUCUCGUCACGGCCAUUACCCCGGGAAGGACCAGCGCAGGAACUACCAGGUGCGCUGGAGGAUGGAAUACCUGAUGGAUUACGACUGCCGGAGACACGGGCUCAUCUGCAUGGUGUGUGGAGCCACUCUGGCCACACUGAAGGUCAGCACCAUCAAGAGGCACAUCCAGCAGGUGCACCCCCACUCGCUGGACUACAGCCCGGAGGAGAAGCAGCAGGCCAUGCUGAGCUACAACCAGAACGCCCUGCACUUCAUCCACUCUGAUGACUGCUUCUCCUCCCAGGACCACGGACACACUGAGCUGGCUCCUUCUCCAGCACACUUUGGCACUUAGAAAGGGCUUCCAUCUGUUGCUCCUCGUGUGGCCCCUGCUCAGAAACAGCCUCCUGCUGUCUUUCUUAAAGGGAAAUUCAGGUAUUUGUCAAUCGUCAGUCAUUUGACAUUUCCUAAAUCUCUACAAUAGAAAAAGUAAAAUGUUACCAUGACCACAUGAACACACAGGUUGUCAAAUACUGGAAUUUCCCUUUAAAUCCGGAUGUGAGAGCACUGCUGAGGAUAAAGUGGCAGGUACCUAAUAACAUAAAUUGUCAUGGCCCUAAAAAAAUCCAAGUCCAGUCUCAUUUGAAACUGAAUCCCUGUGUAAAACAGGACCAGUUGUUCCUGAGGACCUCAUGGGAUUUAGGAAAUGACCCCUCACAUCUGUGUGCACACAUUUGCAUGGAUAACCACAAUCUGGUUUUUGUUCAGAUUUAUCUACCAAAAACUUUCACCAAAUACCUCCAGUUCCUAUUAAAACCUAACAUACUGUGCUGUAAAUGACAGUAGCAUAGAAUAAGUUCAGCCUGUUGAAAGAUCAACAUUCUGACUCAGACGGGGCUUCUUCCUGAGUAAUUACAUGAACCCCUUAAAUUUGUGCCAAAAAAGCUUUUAAAGGUUUGAGUCAUUUCCACUGCAGCCUGACAACUACAAGCUAAGCAAGCUUUCAGAAAAAAAAUGUGCUUGACAGAUUACAGUCAAGCUCUACACCUCUACAGAUCACAUAAGGUCCUCAGGUAAAGACCUGAACAAACCUGCAUUUCUGACAUCAAAAUUUCAAAGUCAAAUCAAUCCAUUCUAAAGGAACUGGUGCAAUAGGAAGAAUUGAGUCGCAGAUGUUAAGUAAAUCCGCACAGAGCUUUAGUGUCUCUAGUGAACUUUGAGACAUGAAAUGGUGCUGUUGACCAAUACAAAACAGUUUCCUCCAAAAUAGAGGGAACUAUCAUACUGGCUGUGUUGCACCAUUUAGUUUUAUAUAAUUAUUACAUAAUUGUUCAGUUAAUGACCGAGCUAGCUAUCUUGCUAACUGGCAGUUAGCAAACCAGGUAGCUUGGUGGGCUAUUGUGGUUGGCCUAGCGCUAACGUAUUCCUGGCUAUUUAGCAUGAUACCAGUUAGCUCGCCAGCUACAGUAGCUUCUUCACCACCUACUCCGUCUCUGGUCUGACCAGCUACUCAUACUGAGAAUUGGGGCUUUUGUUCUGUUCUUUAAACACCCCCACCUGCCUGGACUUUGAUUUUUUUAAACCCCAAAAUGUUUUAUGUUUGUAGUCAUAGUAUUUCCUGCCUACUUGUUAUGAUUUCAUGUCCAGGAAGAAGUCUGGGUUUUGUUUCUGGUUGGGGCCAGAGUCUUACGCUCUCAGGAAGUUAGAAGAAAAAGAGUCUUCAGCAAGGCCGAGGUGAAUUAGUUUUACUAUAAUGUGUCUGAAGACAACACAGCACUUUGUCCCCAAAAAUGUACUACAACCCCCUUGCUUUCCUUGUGUACGCCCAGUUGAAUGAGACUGUGUUUGAUGUUAUUGCUUAAGACAAUGAAUGCCAGCGUGCAGUCAGUCAGAUCAGAUCUCUCUAGUCUAUUUAAUUCCUUGUUUACAGCAGAGGAGAAGGGCAUCCUCCUCUUACUCAUCCAUUAUAAUGAGAUAUGUUAUCUCUGUGUUAUUCACCGGCCUGCAUCCUCUCUCGUCACCCACAACCCAUCUUAGCUAAAAAGCUGCACAAAAAGAUUAUGUAAAUAUAUGAAAAAUUAUUUUCCUUUAUACAAGCACUUUUAUGCACCCUGGUUUCUACAGAACGUGUUUGUAACUAUGUCCAGUUUUUCUACUUCAUUCUACAACUCAUGAAAGACGUUGCUCUUUAAAGGCUGGAGAUGGUUCAUUGGACUUUUGCAUUCACUUUGAAAAGUUUUCUCCAGCUUUGAUACUGCUCAAUUUUUUCAUUCACUGUACAAAGUUUAUGCAACAAAAGAAGAACUUACAGCUGUCUGAGAAAGAAAAGUUUGCCAUGAAACGUCACUUCUUUACCUGGAAAAUGUAACUCAGGGAUUCUGUUUCCAUCGAAAACCAUUUCAUCAGUAAUCUUUAAGGAACAUCUGAAGAUACUGGAUACAUGUGUCAGCUUUGGUUUUAAAGGUGAUGCCGUAAAUACAGCAGAGCGUUAGGGCCACCGUUACAAUUACAACAAGAAAAAUUUCAAAUUAAAAGUCGAAAUAUUUAGAGGAAAAAGUCAGAAAGUUUUUACGAUAAAGCUAUAAUUGUGCAGGAAAUGUAACAGUAGAUAUUUCAGGGAAAUAAAGUGUUAGCAUUAGUAUCAUGUCCAAAUUUUGAAAAAAGGCAUCAGGAGGAAAAAGUCUCAAUAUUUAGAGAAACGAGUCAUAAUAUUUCGAGAAAAAAUGCAAUAUAGUGAAAAAAGUCAGAAUAUUUGAGAUGUAAUAUUAGAAUAAAGUCAUACUUUUGAGGAAAAAAAGUCAUAAUAUUACAAGAAAAAGUGAAAAUGUUUCAAGAAUAAAGUCAUAAUAUAUGUGAAUAAUGUAAUAUUUUGGGAUGAAUAAUAUAAAGAAAUAUUUAUUGGCCUGUCAGGAAAACAUGCACAUGUACUUUAAUAUAUCAAAUCUCCUCAUAACAUUCCAACAUUAUAUACUUCAAGUAUAGCAAACCUUGAAACUUUAUAUAGUAAUACUGACUUUUUUCUCUUAAUUCAGAUUUUUUUUCCUGAAAUAAUGACUCUAUUCUUAAAAUCUUCUUUUCUCUAAAUCAGGACUUUACUCUUAUGACAUUACAAUAUCUUCUCAGAAUGUUUUGAUUAUAUUUAUGAAAUGUAGUUUUCUUCCCUAACAGUGGCCGUAAUACUCACGUCUUACAUAAAUGUGAAUGACACAUGACUUCUAAAUGGUUCAACUUUUGCAGAAUAAUCAGAUUUGACAGAAUUUGCUCAGUUGAUGCUUUUGAUACAAACGUAAUUUAGUGAAGGAAAAGUCUUCCCAUGCUACACUCGUAUUUCCAUUUCAUUGGUCCACUUUGGGUAAGAAUAAGCCCCCACAUCACUCUAGAAGAGUCCUGACAUAGCACUUAAUAUUUAAAAUGAAGUAAGUUACAGUGAAAUGAAUGAUUUGUUGGAAUGAGAUACAGUAUGUGCUUGUGUGUAUGUGUUUAUAGUGUGUAUGUGUAUGAUGGUGCGGGGAGAGAUGCUAACCAUGACUCUGCUCCUCAUGUAUCUUAACUUUCACCUUGUCUGCUCACCUUUCAUCUGUACAUGGCCAACAUGUGAGAUAUGCAUUCUCUCCUCAACGAUCUUUGAAUAAAUACUCAA